AACUGGACACCCGAAGAAGAACAACAACAUGUUUCCUUGGCAGGAAAUCCCAAAGUUGCUCAAAUUCUUACACAACGUGGUUUCUCUUCACUAAAGUUAACAGAAUAUGUGUCUAAGCAGGUCGCACAAGGGGGCAUGAACCUGCAGCAGACCGCUGCCACUGACUUAAACCAGCGAACCGUACGUUAUUGACUACGCCUGCGCACUCAAAAACAGAAUAUCGAGCCGCCCUUCCUCCCCGCCAACUUGCACCGCAGGGUCGAGCGGACGUCGACUCACAACAACCCCGAGUUAAUUUGCUCAUCUAAUCGCGCGUUUUCCGAGAUAAAAUGGAGAGCCCACACCGCACCGAAAACGAGUCUCCUCUUCUGCUGCCGUCUCUUCGCCUCUUCAUACCUCCUCUGCGCCUCGUGUCUGCAGCCAUGUGGCAGGUCGUCCAGAGGGGGAACGUGCAGGACUACGGGAUGGUGGAGGAGUUCAUCAGCACCGUUUCGGAAAUCGUACCCGAGCUUUUGAACGCAGAUCAGAAAGCUCAACUCCUCCUGGGACUCCGAGCACGGGUGGUUCUCGAACUGUGUCGAGCUGAGCAGAUAACAGAUGCAGAAACCAUCGAGAUGCACCUGGAGCGGAUCAAGGCCCUCAUAUCCACCUGGGCAGCACAGCCAUGUUUCGCAGAGGUCGAGUUUCCAGAAUCAAACUUUGUGGAUCAAGUUGAAUUGCUGUUGAAAGACCCCGAAGAGAAGGAGAAGUUUUUCCAGGAUGUUUUUCCUACAGAUUUCGGGCCUGACUAUGACAGCGCUCUACAGGUGCUAAUGCUGGAUUUCCUGUCCAGACUGGAGAAGCUUCUUCCAGUACCAGACAUUCAGCAGACUGCAUCCAUGCUCAGUGCCGUCCCAUCUGCCCUGGAGGAGUGUGUGCACUCUGUUCCUGACCCGCGGCACCUGAAAACUGUUCUCCUGUACCACACAACACUCGGACAUUUCGAUUUAUGUGAUGAAACUCAGACCAUUCCUUCUUCCUUUGGGAAUUGCAUCCUCUCUUCGCUGUCCCUCCCCCAACUGGAGAAAGUUGUAAUUGAUGCAGACCAAAUCCAGUUACAGCCUCCAUCAGAGCAGAUGCAAGGUUGUGUGACUGUCCAGGUGGAGGGUGAAACCGUGACACUGCUGGACUACAUACAGAUCGAACAGCCACCGGGUUUGGGUGAGCACGACGAUCAGGAACAUGAAGUACACGAGGAGGAAACUGCAGGAGAGGAUGUCGGCGACAACCUGAAGCCGGCAGCUUUUCAACCACUAAAACAAAGCAAAAGGCUCCAGUUAAAGAGAAAAGUUUUAAAAGAAAAUAAUGAUUCAGCAGCAAAGAGGCAAAGAAAAAAAUAUCCCAGUAAUAAGACAUGUCCUGUGUGCAAUAAGGUUUUCCUGCGAGCUGCAGCCAUGAGACGACACCAGGAGACUCACUCUGCCAAUCGGGAUCUCAAGUAUAAGUGCGGCAGCUGUGACAAACGAUUCAGGGACCAUUACGACAUGAAGCGGCACAACAUGCGCGUUCAUGAAAAGGACGAGAUGUGUAUCAGCUUUAAAGAAGAAGACUCGGGCGAUCCGAGCACAUCUGAGAUGUCAGAAAAUAAAAACUGCGAUCUGUGUGGGAAGUAUUUUGCCCGCAAAGUAGACAUGGAGCGACACAUGAAGUCCCACUCAGAGGACCGCCCGUAUGACUGUGCUUUCUGUGAGAAGAAAUUUAAGAACCCUUACGUUUUAAAGAGACACCAGAAGGAGAUUUGUAAGAGCAGAGAACUGAAAAGGCCAAAGAGGAGAGAGACUCAGCGCUCAACUCCACAGCCACUAUCAGAGGGGUCGACAGAGGGCAAAAUCUGCCCCAUCUGCAGCCGGAUCUUACCUUGCUCUGCGGACAUUGCAAAGCAUUUACGAUCUCACACGGAAGAGCGUCCAUUUAUCUGCAUCACUUGUGAGAAGGGCUUCAAGUACAAGGACACACUGAAGAAGCAUCAGAUUAUUCACGGUCACGAGGGGAUAAGGGAGGAACAGAGCAAGACUGUCGAACAGAUUUUGGCAGAAGCUGAAGCCGACACUCAGAAUUGUGGUGAAACAGAUAAAAAGGAGAAUAAUCCAGAUGCACCUGCAGACACUUCUGAGAUGGCCCCAUGCCCGCCUGUGAAAAAAGUCAACAAAAAAGGCCUUAAAGUGUGCCCUGUCUGUGCUAGGGCGUUCGACAGUGUCAAAACGCUCAACAGGCACAUACAGUGUCACACAGAGGACCGGCCUUAUCACUGCAUCCACUGCAAAAAGCGUUUCAAACACAUGCACGGCCUGAAAAGACACCAGAUUUAUGCCAUUUGUCAUAAGAAAGUUGCUCGCUUCUCGUGGAAAAAGGAGACGAGAGCAGGGCCCAGCCAAAGCGAAGCAGCCACCGCCGACCCCCAACAGGGUGCACCUCUGAAAAUACCUGUGUGGUGUUCAAACUGCGGCAAACACUUCGAAUACCCGUCCGCUUUAAAGGAGCACCAAGAGAACGUUUGCAAAGUGCAAGUGAGUGAAAUCAUGAAAUGCGACGACUGCGCGAAAGAGUUCAAGAGCAUGACCAUGCUCAAAGUACACCAGAGGAUUCACGACCCGCUCUACUGCAAAGAGUGCGGAAAGAUCCUCGCCAACGAGCCUGCUUUUGAGAGGCACAAACUCAUGCACAGGCCGAUGCAGUGUACAAUGUGUGAUAAGACUUUUACUUUGCUCAGACGCUUGAGGGAACACUAUGAGAAGCAACACGACUUCACCGGACCAUAUCCUUGUCCACAAUGCGAUAAAACCUUCAUGCAGCUGUCCUACCUCGCCAUCCACCAGAGAAUCCACAAAGGAGAGUUCCCUUACAUCUGCAACAUGUGUCCAGAGAAGUUCAGGUCUUCCAACUGUCUGACGGUUCAUUUGAGGAAACACACCGGGGAGAAACCCUUCCUGUGCUGGCAGUGUGGAAAGUGUUACCGCUCUGCCUCGGAGCUCACGGUGCACAUGGGAACCCACUCAGAGGAGAGACCGUGGGCCUGCACGCAGUGCGACAUGGCUUACCGCACCAAGCUGCAGCUGACCAACCACGUCGAACAGGUCCACAUCGGCGUCAGGUACCCUUGCCACAGCUGCGGGAAGCAGUUCAUGAAGGAGACAUCCCUGAAGAGGCACGAGCUCAUUCACACGGGCGAGAGGCCACACCAGUGUACGGUGUGCGGUAAGACCUUCCUGACCGCCAACGAGCUCCGGCUCCACAACCGGUAUCACACCGGGGAGCGCCCGUACAAGUGUGAAGUGUGCGGGAAGGCCUUCAUUCAGUCGGGAUAUUUGAAGUCGCACAUGCGUAUCCACACAGGAGAGAAACCAUUUCGAUGCGACAUAUGCGAUAAAGGCUUCAGGUUGUCGUAUCACAUGAAAAAACACAGGCGGACUCACACCGGGAAGCCAAAGAGCUACAUGUGUGAGGAGUGCGGGGUAGCGUUCCCCCAUAAAAAGUCCCUGUGGGAACACUCGCACAACGUGAAAAUCGAACCGUCAUUCACUGAUGAAGUGAGAAUAGAAUUUCAGUAGAAAUUCUUAAUGCAGGUUGUUUUUGCUUUUACAGGAUGUUGAGGAUGAGUUCAGUAUCGAGGUCACCAAAAACACUUAAUUUCUUAAUUCUUUGUUUGGUCUUUGUUAUUUGAUUUUCACCAGUUGUUAAGUUGGUGUUAUUUUCCCUCCUUGUUGCUUUACAGUGUUGAUUCCAAUGUUCCAUCAAGCAUAUUGAUGAUCUAUAACACUGAUGUACAUAUUUAAAGCCGAUGAAUAAUUUGUGCUUACAUGGAUUUUUGAAAUAAAUCUAUCUUGCAAUGUAA